AUGCCCUCACCAACCCCCUCGCCUGUCCCCCGCGGUCGCUCUCGUGUACGUUCCCGUUCACGAACUCCAGAUUCCAGCGCAUCACGUUACACCCGGUCGCGCAGCCGUUCUCCACGCCGUUCAAUUUCACCUCGUUCUCGAUCUAGAUCUGGGGUUAGAAGUAGGAGUCGUAGCUUGGCAAGCGCAGUUGGUGCUGGUAGGAGUGGAGGUACGAGAUAUAGGAGUGAAAGUCGAGGCAGAAGUUUAAGUCCUAGGGGACGGAGUAGAAGUAGAAGUCGAGGGAGAAGUGAGAGUGCUGGAUCUGUAGCUGCCCCGAGGAGUACCAAGGUUGUAAUUGAGAAACUCACCAAGAAUGUUACCGAAGAUCAUCUUCGUGAAAUAUUUGGAAGUUUUGGUGAAAUCAAAGAUCUGGAUGUGCCAAUGAACAGAAAUUUCAAUACCAACCGUGGUACAGCUUAUAUUCUUUACGUCUCUUCACCAUCCGCCGAAUCUGCGAUAGCUCAUAUGCAUGAAUCACAACUCGAUGGCGCCGUCAUAAAUGUAUCAAUCGUGUUACCUCGCCGCAAAUUUAGUCCACAACCACCAAUGGCCCGUCGGGGAGUAAAUAUCGAUCCUAGAAUUCCAAUUGGUAGUAGGAAUUCUCGUGGCGGCUUUGAAUCCAGGGGUGCUGGAGGUGGAAUGGGAGGAGGCGGAAGAAUGAUGGAUAGGGAAAGAGACAGAGGUGGUGAUACUUAUAGACCUGGCGAGAGAAACCGUGAGAGAUCAAGAAGCCCCCGAAGACAUAGGACGAGAAGUCGAAGCUUGAGCAGUCGAUCGCGGUCAAGAUCUCCAAGGAGAGAUAGAGGGAGGGACAGGAGAGAUAGUUUUGGAGGUCGCGGAGGUAGAGGUGGUAGGGAUAGAGAUGGAAGCAGGGAUGGGAGAAGAAAGAGAAGUCCUAGUUAUAGCAGCUAUAGUAGCUAUGAUGAUCGAAGUCGAAGUCCGAGUCGAGUUCGAGGUGGAGGUGGAAGGGGAAGACGUUAA